AUGUGGAUCAUAAAUUGGUUUUACGAUGUGUUGGCCUCUCUCGGCUUACUCAACAAGCACGCAAAACUUCUAUUUCUGGGUCUGGACAAUGCCGGUAAAACGACCCUUUUGCAUAUGUUGAAGAACGACAGAGUCGCUAUCCUACAGCCAACACUACAUCCAACAUCUGAAGAACUGGCCAUCGGCAAUAACAGGUUCACCACAUUCGAUUUGGGUGGUCAUCAACAAGCACGACGUCUAUGGCGAGACUACUUCCCAGAAGUGAGCGGCAUUGUAUUCUUAGUCGACGCAAAAGACCACGAACGUCUAGCCGAGUCGAAAGCGGAACUCGACGCCCUACUAGCCAUGGAAGACCUGCAAAAGACACCUUUCCUUAUCCUAGGAAACAAGAUCGAUCAUCCUGAUGCUGUUUCUGAAGACGAGCUGAGACACACUUUGGGGCUAUACCAGACAACAGGCAAAGGCAAAGUUCCUUUGGAAGGAAUUAGGCCGAUUGAGGUUUUCAUGUGCAGUGUGGUCAUGAGACAAGGUUAUGGCGAGGGCAUCCGAUGGCUUGCACAAUACGUCUAG